GGAGCGCUGAGCAGAGGGAAGGAGUCUCCUAAGCCCGUUUAACUGCGCAGAUUGCCGGCAGCGCUCGGCUGCAGGCAGCAGCGGUGGGAGCCUGGAAUGAAGCGGGGCAGGCUGCGUAGCAACUGCGUGGAGAAGUGGAACUCCACUAUUCCACACUGGGGAAAAUGCCUCUGCUGAAGUGUCUCUAGCUCCAGCUUCGUGAAUAAAGAUCUAUCGCUUUGGAGUUAUUCACAGCAGCUCUGUCACUACUGACUCAUCCAUCUGCUUCAAGAAAAUGUUUGCUGUCCACUUGCUAGCUUUCCAUUUCACAAAGCUAAAAGAGGAUCAAAUAAAAAAGGUGGACAGCUACCUGCACCGCCUGCGCCUCUCGGACGAGGCCCUGCUGGACGUGAUGGCUCGAUUCCAGGCCGAGAUGGUGAAGGGGCUGGGCAGGGACACCAACCCCACCGCGGCAGUGAAGAUGCUGCCGUCCCUCGUGCGCUCGCUGCCCGAUGGCUCCGAGAAGGGGGAGUUCCUUGCAGUGGACCUGGGCGGCUCCCAGCUCCGUGCCCAGCGGGUGAAGGUGUUUGCUGACGGGAGGCAGAGCAGCCAGCUGGAGAGCAAGUCCUACCCCACACCCAAGGAGGUCACACAGGGGAACGGAGCCCAGCUCUUCGAUUACAUCGCUGACUGCCUGUCAGACUUCAUGGAGACCAAAAACCUGAAGCAUAAGAAGUUACCUCUUGGCUUUACGUUUUCUUUUCCCUGCAAACAGACCAAAUUGGAAGAGGGGGUUCUUCUUGCGUGGACAAAACACUUCAGGGCCCGAGGCGUUCAGGGCACAGAUGUGGUCAGCUCUCUGCGCAAGGCCCUCCAGAAGCACAAGGACAUAGAUGUUGAUGUUUUGGCACUGAUCAAUGACACGGUGGGAACCAUGAUGACUUGUGGAUGUGAUGACCAGCGCUGUGAAGUUGGACUCAUCAUUGGGACUGGCACCAACGCCUGCUACAUGGAGGAGAUGAGGCACAUCAGCCUGGUGGAGGGGGAUGAGGGCAGGAUGUGCAUUAACACCGAGUGGGGGGCCUUCGGGGACGACGGGGCUUUGGAUGACCUCCGCACAGAGUUUGAUCGGGAGCUGGACCUGGGAUCUCUCAAUCCUGGAAAACAAUUGUUUGAGAAAAUGAUCAGCAGCCUGUAUUUGGGGGAACUUGUAAGACUCAUUCUCCUAAAAAUGACAAAGGAAGGUCUGCUCUUCAAUGGGAAAGUGUCAACGGCCCUGCUUACUAAGGGCAAGAUUGAGAUGAAACACGUGUCUGCAAUGGAAAAGUACAAGGAAGGUCUGAGCAACACAAAAGAGAUCCUCACCGACCUGAACCUGUUUCCCUCUGAGGAGGACUGCGUUGCUGUUCAGCACAUCUGCACCAUCGUUUCCUUCCGCUCGGCCAACCUCUGUGCUGCCGCCUUGGCAGCCAUCCUCACCCGCCUCAGGGAGAAUAAAAAGCUGCUGAGGAUGCGAACCACUGUUGGGAUUGAUGGGGGACUCUAUAAAACCCACCCCAAGUACGCAGGGCGGCUGCACAAGGUGCUGAGGAGGCUGGCGCCCACGUGCGACGUGCGGUUCCUGCUGCCGGCGGGUGGCAGCGGCCGGGGCGCGGCCGUGGUGGCGGCGGUGGCACACGGCCUGGCAGCCCGGCGACGCCGCGUCGACGCCGCGCUCGCGCCCCUCCUGCUGCCCCCGGGCGUCCUCCGGGAGGUGAAGGACAGCAUGAGGGCCGAGCUGGAGUACGGGCUGAGGAGAGGGACGCAGGGCAAGGCCACGGUGAAGAUGCUGCCCACGUACGUCUGUGGGACGCCGGAUGGAACAGAGAAAGGGAAGUUCCUCGCCCUUGAUCUUGGUGGCACAAAUUUCAGGGUUCUGCUGGUCAAAAUCAAAAGUGGGAGAAGAAGAUCAGUGCAAAUGUAUAACAAAAUCUUUGCCAUUCCUUUGGAGAUCAUGCAAGGGACAGGAGAAAAGCUCUUUGACCACAUUGUCCAGUGCAUUGCAGACUUUCUGGAGUAUAUGGGGAUCAAAGGAGCUCGGCUUCCUCUGGGCUUCACCUUCUCCUUCCCCUGCAGGCAAGCCAGCAUUGACAAGGGAACACUUGUGGGAUGGACAAAAGGAUUCAAGGCAACAGACUGUGAGGGGGAGGAUGUUGUUGAUAUGCUGAGAGAGGCCAUCAGGAGAAGAAAUGAGUUUGACUUGGACAUUGUAGCAGUGGUGAACGACACUGUUGGGACCAUGAUGACUUGUGGAUAUGAGGAUCCAAACUGUGAGAUUGGCCUUAUUGCAGGAACAGGCAGCAAUGUUUGCUACAUGGAGGACAUGAAAAACAUAGAAACGGUGGAAGGGGAUGAAGGAAAAAUGUGCAUUAACACGGAAUGGGGAGCCUUUGGUGACAAUGGCUGCAUUGACCACAUCAGGACAAAAUAUGAUAGAGAAGUAGAUGAAGGCUCACUAAACCCAGGGAAACAGAGGUACGAAAAAAUGACCAGUGGAAUGUACCUAGGUGAAAUAGUAAGACAAAUUUUGAUUGACUUAACCAAACAAGGACUGCUGUUCAGAGGACACGUUUCGGAAUCACUCAGGAAAAGAGGCAUAUUUGAAACAAAAUUCCUGUCUCAGAUUGAGAGUGAGCGCCUGGCGCUGCCGCAGGUGCGGCGCGUCCUGCGGCGGCGGGGGCUGCCCGGCAGCUGCGAGGACAGCGCGCUGCUGCGGGAGGUGAGCGCGCUGGUGUCGGCCAGGGCCGCCCGCCUCUGCGCCGCCGGCCUGGCCGCCGUCCUGGACAAGAGCAGGGAGAACCGAGGCGUGGAGCGCCUGCGGAUCACUGUUGGAGUGGAUGGCACUCUGUACAAGCUCCAUCCACAUUUUUCUAGGGUCCUGCAGGAAACCGUGAAGGAGCUGGCACCUCAGUGUGAUGUGACUUUCAUGCUGUCUGAAGAUGGAAGUGGGAAGGGAGCUGCCCUCAUUACUGCAGUUGCAAAAAGAUUGCAUAAUGUUGGACAGAAGUAGAAAUGAGCGGUCAAGUAAUUUCAGCACUGCCAGGCGUGUGCAGGGGGGAUUUGCUGAGUGGUGAUUCAAGAUAGCUUUGCCACACACCAGUACAAAGGCACCUUUCUUUGGGGAGCAGCUGGUUUUGACCAACCAGGAUUGUGGAGUUUUGUCCUUUGGUAGCUUGGCUUAGGUGUUUCUGCUCCCCACUGGCAUUAUGUCUUGGCAAACCACAGUCUACUCCGUUCUGUGCUUCCUGCAAUGCAUCUCUAAUGCACAUGGGAGAGUGAAAACAAAACAAAAUCAACCCAAAUGUGUCUUUUUACAACCUCUUACUGCACCACAGCUGAGCUUAUCACCAGUUCCUUAGGAUUCCUGUGCUUAGUUUUGUCUUGGCCUGGCUCAAAGAAUAUUGAGAUUCUGAUGUUGCAUCUUAUCUAGUCAAUAUAUUUGUUCAGUGCUUGCCAGGUUUUACAAUAAAUGUGCAGGUGAAAUAAAUUCAUGGACUGUCAGUGAUGGUCAGUCACACUCCCCCCACUGCUGCACUGGUUGCAAGUGUGAUGUAAUACUUCCAUGAGUACAGGAGGCAUGUUUAAUAGAUGAAUGUAAAGGAAAAAAAAGUCAUUCCACAGAAUAUCGGUUUGUGUCAAAAUAUGUCAAUGCACCUGAGUCACAUAAAGCUAAAGCAAUGCUGGAUGGAUCCUGACUGUGACUGAUUCUUUUGAUACUGAAGGAAAGAGAGAAUGUAGAAGGGUGGGGAUCAAACAGGUCACCACCAUAGCUGUGUAGAGGGGAAAAAAAUCAACUGAGUUUCUGAAAGUCUCCUCUUUGUUUUCCCUCUGUUAUCUCCUUGCGUGUUCCUGAGAGAAUUGUUUCCAUUUCGUGCAAAGGAGUUUAUCCUUGCUUUUCAUUUUCUGUUGCCUGCUGCUCUGCCUGUUUGUAAUCUGUUUGCAAAUAAAUCUGUGUUGUUGUGAGCCUUUGCUUCUCUGUCCAGUGCAGAGUUGUGGGAAGAACAUGCAGGUAAGUGGGAGCUUUCUUAAAACCUAAAUCUUUACACCUAAACCUUUCUUUGGAUCUAAAUCUGUUGAGAGUACUCAGCAGCACUUCAAAUUUGUAAAGGUGCUUUGUGGAUAGAGCUCACAGCCUUGUGUGACCAAAUGUCUCUCACCCGAUUUAGCCAGAACAAACCAAAACAAUAACAAGGUAGAGAGGAGCAAAUCUGUGUCCUGCCUGUUCUCAAGUAUUCCUGGAUCUCCUUUAAUCCUCUCUUUGUGGGUACUUGCUUCCUUGUGGGCUGGCAGCAGAAAGGGGGGCCAAGAAAUGGGCUUCAAGCCUAGUUAGGUCAAAAAGCAACCGUGGUGCAGGGGGAUGAGUGGCUGGGUUUAUGUAAUAACCUGUAACAAGGGCGCCACCGGGUUUAAAUUUAGCAAUCACAAAUUCAAAACUGGAACCUACAGACUUUUUCUGUUUUGUAGUUUUCAGAAAAAAAAACCAAAAUAUGUCAACAGCUCUGUGUCUGUGUUGGAGUUACUGGAUGAGUAGAAGAUAUUUGCAAAUAAUUUUCGCUUCUGAAGGAAUUCCUCUUGGUGCUGAGCUCACUGUAUGGAGCAGCUGGGAAGAGACAAGUUGUGAACUCAUACUACCUUUAAUGUUGUUCUCCUUUCAUCAAGAAACUUAGUAUUCUACUUUUUCUUUAUAGUUCAGAAUCCACAGAGCUGCAGAAACCAAAGCUUCCUAUGUAGUAAGAGCAGUUAACUGGAAUGGAAGUUUGUUGCUGGUGAUGAACAGGUUAAAUUUGGGAGGGCUGGGUAUAGGGAAAAAAAAAUGAGCUACUGAAUCUAUGUGCUAUGUAGAAUAGCUCUUCUAGGCUGUUUUAGGUCCCAAAGGGAGAAAUGGGGAUUUUGGCACCUGAAAUCUUGUACUGUCUGUGUGGUUUGGGGCCUUUUUGGGGGAGAUUGGAUUUUGCUAAUCUGCAAAAGUGCACCUGUGAAUGAAGUGUGUCCCUGUACAUCUGGAAUGAGGGGAUGCAGACGUGCCCCGGGAUGACCACAUGAGUAUAGUGCAGAACACCUUUUGUACUUUUGUUCUAAAGCCUGUUCUGCACAACUGGAAUGCAAAUCAGUAACAAAGCAAAGGUAAGCCCUUCACAUUCAAACAGAAAUCAUAUCUUGCUUUGAUUUUUCUUUGGUAUUUUUGGGAUAUGAAAUAUACCAAUGUUAGAAAUGAGACACUUGACACGGCCAAUAUAUCAAGCAGCAAUUCAAUUUAAUAAUUAAUUAAUUAGCAUGGUAAAGUGUGAGCAAAGACAGCACUGGGUACAGUGGAAGGAUUUUCCCUUCCGACUGCACACUAAUUGCUGGACUUGCUGGGAUUUUAUUGGCUAUAUUCAUACAUAUUCAUAAGCUUUCUCAGCAGUUUCUAUUUCCAAUUUUUAAUGUCACUAUCCAAUACCUAACAAUAUUAAAUCAUUGACGUUGGUGUUUGGUUUCUAUUCAAUUCCUAUAGUCUAUUGUGAUCUAUUUUAAAUUUCAAUAUUCCAGAGUGUACAUCCAGGAUAUGCAUCCCAGGUGGUGGGGUCCAGCUUCCAGAUGUGGGGUCCAGCUUCUGUUUUCCAGGUCUAUCAGUCUUUGAUAGUGAUGUUCAGUUUCCUUUUUUCAAGAACCAUAAAUCAGUGAGCUGAAAUCUUUCUUCUGUAUCCAGGAUGGUUUUUUUACCAGCCUGUGAGAAAGCCUUUUUACAUUCUAAAACUACAGUUUAAAAUUCUUUAAUACAAAACAAACUUCUAAAGUUAUAAUUCAAAGACUUAUUACAGAAUAGCUUGAGAUUUAUAAUAGGUAAUUGCAAGCAAAGUUUGUUCAAAACCAAA